AAGAUAAUAUGAAGGUCUAACUGAUUAUAUCUUCCAUUUCGUUGUAGAUAUCCUUUUCUCAAUUUAACAAACUCUUUUUAAUUGUAAUAUUUUUAACUGAAUUGUUAUUAUUUAACGUGUUGACAAUAAUUAAAAUGACUGUUGUAAAGAUAGGAAUAAUUGGUGGUACUGGACUAAAUAAUCCUGAUAUUUUUGAAACAUGCGAAGAAAUACAAGUUAAAACACCAUACGGAGAACCUUCGGCUCCUUUAAUCCAAGGUAAAAUUAAAGGUGUCGAUUGUGUACUCUUACCACGCCAUGGCCGAGGACAUACUAUAAUGCCAGGAAAAAUUAAUUAUAGAGCUAAUAUAUCAGCAUUAAAGCAAGUUGGUUGUACACAUGUAUUAGUUUCUACUGCGUCUGGUUCGUUGCGAGAAGAAAUUAAACCUGGUGAUAUCGUCAUUCUAGAUAAUUUUAUUGAUAGAACUCAAGGAAGAGCACAAACAUUGUAUGAUGGAGCAGAAACUUCACCGAAUGGUUUAUGCCACAUUCCAAUGGAGCCUGCAUUUUGUCCUAAAACUAGAGAUGUUUUAAUUGAAACAGCUAAAGAAUUGAAUAUGCCAUUUCAUCCUACUGGCACGUGUGUAACAAUUGAAGGACCUCGAUUUUCUAGCAAAGCAGAAAGCCUUAUGUUCCAACAAUGGGGUGGUGAAAUCGUUAAUAUGACUACAGUUCCUGAGGUUGUUUUAGCUAAAGAGGCAGGUCUUUGUUAUGCGGCUGUUGCUUUAGCUACUGAUUAUGAUUGUUGGCGAUCAACUGGUGAAAAAGUGAGUGUGGAAAACGUAUUGAUAAUGUUCAAAAAAAAUAUUCAAAAAGUAUGUGAUGUAAUAAUUCAAAGCAUUCCAAAAAUUGCUGAAUUAGAUUGGACAGACACUAUUGUUGAUUUACAGGAUCCACUGUUACCAUGCUGCAGUAUCAGAUUGAAGAGGUAUUGCUUUUGUUCGAAUAAGUUUGGAUAGAAGAGCACCUCAUUUCCUUUAAUUGUUUAGUUUUUAAUUGAUAUACCAAAACAUA